CAGGGAGUCAAGACUUAUUUGAUGUAGUUUCUCAAUUUAUCGAUCCAGUGGCAACCAAGCCUGGAGGCGUAGGCGCUACCUCCAGUGCCUUUUUCCGCUGAUAGAUUUGCAGUUUUUCUUUCAGAAUGAAACCACAGAGAAGAAAAUAUGAUGCCUCUCCCGCGUCCGCGUCAGCUGAGGCUGGACCGAUAAAUACAAAGUAAGAGCGUUUCUCUUUCUCGCGUCGGAAUUUCUUCGCCCGCUGAGCCAGCUGUCUGUCUUUUAUUCGGUGGCGCUGACAGUUUGCGUGAAGCUCGAGCAGAAACUACUCAGACGGUAAAAAAAAAAGUCCUCCAGUGUCGGCGUCGCGUCGCGGCGCGGUCAUUGUCCUCGCGAGUCGGAAAUGUGGUCCUCCGGUCGUGCACCUCCAACACGGUACCAGAGGCCAAUGAAAGUUGCCUCCGCCCUCGUCAGUGCCGCGUUCGGACGGGUGUUCAUCAUCAGUGCAACUGAUAGAGAUGUGCUCUCUGCACUCCCCUUCCUGCUGGGGAAUAAUGAUUGGAGCAGCGGGACGGGUUCGGGGUACUUUCUGGGACGCGUUUGCGUUUCGGCACUGCGAUAUAAUAUAGAUGCUACUGACGACGACGAGGGCCCGACAGUAUGACACUGCCUGGUGAAGCUUCGUCGUUGACGUAUAUUCGUUUUGUAAAAUUCCGGUAAAAGUAUGACUGCGCACUAGCCGUAGCCGGCUGCCAAGCCUAUUGCGCUGGUUUGGCGUCCAUUCCCAUUCGCAAGAACUUCCGCACUUCCUCGCGGAAGCUAGGUGCCCGUCCUCGGACCUCCUCCGUCGCACCCCCAUUCGCAGACCGUUGCCGGCGUGGCUCAAGGCUUUGAGUUUGCACUGGCGGCCCGACAAGGGUGUGUAACCUGGGUAGCUUCAGCGGGAUGAUGAAAUCAAAACAAUUGCGCGCGCUAUGGCAUUCGCAAACGUUGCAGCCCGCGGCUGCGUAUAAAAACGAAGCUUCUUGUCGCUUUCAGGCACAGACGUCAACUCUUUACGAUUUCCUUCGUAUUUUCCGCCAAUUUUCCCGCUGGGGCUGACAUUGCAAAAAGUCCCGCUUUCCUGUUGAGUUGUUGCUACGUGAUGCAUCAGACCCGUAGCACCACCAUGGCCCCCGGUGCGAUCCACCUCCAAGCUAUUUCGCCUAACAAUUUCGCGACGCACGAAAUAGCACUAGAAUUCUUCUGGCCAAGUCUCCAGCAUCCGUAUGCACUGCAGGACGCGCAACAACCCCCCCCUGCCUCCCCCUUGCCUUCUCGCUUUUGCUGCAGUAGCCUCGCAGCGCAAGCGCAUCCAUAUGCCAUGAAGUCCCGUUCCUAAGCUAAAAAAAUCAAAAAGACGAAAGCGAAGAAUCUUCCACAUGGCUGGCCGAUGGAUAGGCUGCCAGCCGGCCCCGCGACUCCUCCCAGCAAAUUUGUGAGCAGAAGCCGCCCGUGAGGCCCGCGCCCGCCCACCUGCGUGAAUACCGUGCGGCACGGGGCGCGCAUUGUUCUCCGUGAACAAAGUAGGGCAGCAGCCAAAUAGUGUGCGUGGGCUUUUGGCUCGCAAAUUUGUGCGCCAGCAAUGCGCGCGCCGGAAGGAUGGCCUGACACCUCCGCCCCCCUUCCCGAGUUUCCCUCCUUUUUUUUUUCAGAAUUUCUGCGGCACGAAAAAACGCAAGAAACGUGAUCAGAGCCUUCCCUCCAGCAUAUGGGUCUGAAGCUUUUGAAGACGGCCCAGCAUGUCUUUUGUCCCCAAUUGCCGCGAUGGUGCUAGUGGGAUACCCCUGGCCCUCUUCUGGGAUGCCUGCCAGCAUUGGCCGCCAUGGCCCGCUCCCUCCGGCCCACCAAUGCAGGCGCGCGCCCCGAUGAGCCCCGUCGCGGGCGCACUUGUUGGCACGCACCAAGAUUGGGGCGGAGGUGGUUCGCAAGCGCAUCAAAUGGGGCCAAUUCUCGCGGUGGCGCCCUCCCGCCCCCCUUGCAAUUUCCGUGGCGCAUAGACUCCAGAGCCCCCACUGUGUGGCGUACUCGCGGCGCGGCAGCCCCUGACAUUAAUGUGCCCAGCGGGGUGGCGCGGUUUUGUUGAGUUCCUCGCCCCCCCACCUACCACAAUAGUAUGAACGCCGCGCGGUAUUACGCCCCUGGCAGUUGUGUGCGCGAGAUGCCUUCGGCGUGUCGCUCUCUGCGCCGCGCACCUAACGAAGGCCGGCGGACAUGUUGCGAGACUGGCGCGCCCGGUGUCACAGCGCAGGCGGCUGGGCAUCAUGUGAGCACUCCAGCCGCCGCCCGUGACGUUUCGCUCCCUCCCUGCCUGGCACCCGGUCCGCCGGGUGGCUGUGGUGCUUCCUUUUGUGUUGUUAGUUUGUUACGAUGGGGCGGAGAUGAUUUUCGCGCCCGCCGUGCGUCGUAGCGAGCCAGCGAGCCUUUGGAUUUUCGUCCGGGCCGGGGGUUGCCUCGCUCUGUUUUUUGGCACCGGCAAGGCGCAGCCGGGCGGGGUCCUUGGGAGGCCAUGGGCUGUGUCGAUUGAGGUGGGGCGUCGGCCAUGCGCUCAGACCUCCGUCCAACCGCGACCGAAGUACGCGACCCAUGCCCUUCUCCUGGCUGGAUGAUCUCCCCGCAGCGGCCGCCGCCGUGACCCCAGUAGCUAAGGCCUGCAAUUAUCAAGGACGGACGCGGCGGCGGUCGUGCUAGCAGGGAACCGCCGGCGGGGGGUACCGCUCGCCGCGCGAUUGAGCGAGGCCGGUGCGCCGGCAAAGGUAGGUGGCGCCCUUCCAAGUUGCCCGGCACGCCUAAUUCCACCGAAUUGGGGCCCCAAAAACAGGGGCGCCAAAAAAUUGGCGGCGGGGAAAACAGGGCGAGUCCGCAUGGUAUGGGCCUCCACCGAUUUGGCCUGCCUGGCUGUGUUUGAAGGCCUAGGCCGCGAAGGUGGCCACAAUCAAAAAUCUGGAACCCACCCGCCUGCAAUGUGGGAGGCAGGCCAAAAAGUGGGGCCCUCGGCCCAAACAAAAAAACUGAAAAACGCAAGGGCCGCAAAAAGAUCAAAGCCAGCCCGCACAUUAUUGGCCCGAUUUUGGGCGCCCAAGGGGCCGACCCUGGUGGAGGCCGGCCCUAGCAGGGCCGCAGCAUGCAGGGAAGCCUUUGCUUCGAGCUUUCAGGACACACAGGGAGGUGGGGGCCGGGCGUCGUGACUUCUAUCAAUCACCCGCGACACCAGAACGCGGCGCAAGGAACAUGCUACGCGACGGAAGGCGCACGACAAAAUAAAAAAGGAAAUACCUCGCUCAUGGGAAUGCGCGAGAGCAGUAAGGGAAACGGGGCCGGGUACUGAAAGCGUUAGUGGACUUGAGAACGCUCGCACGCCUGCACUGCGCUCGUUACCAACAGCGGCGGAGCUCUCUCGUUUGCAAGGGGGCAAGCAAGUGCCGCAAGUCAGUCUCUUGCUGCGCUACAUCCGGCGGGCUCAUUUCAUCCAGGCCCACCAAGGACAUCGCGCCAAUUCAUCAUCUCGCUCCCCAUCUGAAUUCAUCUGUAGGAUAUCGCUAUGAACAUAGUGAGAGACCCCUUCAGGAUCUGGGCCUCACUGCCCCCGCGGAGGGACGCGGUAGUGGCUGCCGAAAUACUUACUACUGUAGUAGCAUUGUGAAAGCUAUCUGCAACGGCGUCAAACGAGGGCAACUCGGCGGCGGCUUUUUUCUUGGGCGCUGGGGCUGGCUGGUUCUCCGUAUGAUUCCCCUCGUUCAAAGAGUUCAAGCACCCCCGUGGCGCGGCGUGUUCCGCGCUGAUUCAUUAGCCAGGACGAAGGAAGGCCCGCCCGCCUACCAUUGAUUGUCAAGCACCGUGCGUGGGCCCAUCCGUGGAACUGCCUCCAUCCGUGACCAAGGACAUGCGUGGCAACGUUGGCGGCCCCUUUGGGGGGGUGUUCCUGAAGUCUGUGAAGGUGGUGAGGGGGCCACGCGGUAGCGUGCUGGUUCCGAAGUGAUGGAAUUCAUGGCGGCCUUGUGCGAGCCUUGACGGGAUGCAGCGCAGCGAGAGGCGUUCGCCCUGCCCGUUAUGGGGCUGAGUUGGCUGAGUGACCCGCCCAGGAGCUACAGAGCAGGGGCGCCCCUCAGCCACUCAGCCUGCCGCGGCCGGGGGUAUGUUCAACAAAGUGCAGCAAGAAAGAAAGCAAAGGAAAGGGGCCGGCUGCGCCUUCCAGAGAAGGAACGGGCGCCCAGAAUUACCAUCCGGGCGGGCGCGUUCUUGCCUUGCUUUUGACAAAAUUGCCCAAGUUAGUUUGAGUGCGAGAACUUAGUCGCUGGGCUUUUCAGGGGAAUGCUUCGCGCGUUCUUUUGUCAGUAGCCCUAUGCGUGGGCUUUGCCCCGAGCGACACCCAGGGCAAAGGCCAUACCCUCCUGAGCGUUUGCCAGCCCUCCCACCCUUCCCGUUCGUGCCGGGCCUGCGCAGGUUCCUGGGCCCCGGGGCUCCGUUUCCCCCCGGGAAAGUUACUGUGUUUGCCGGACGCCGUCCAUCAACCUGCCUUCCCCUCCUGAGCGAGUCUCGCUCAGGCCCGGCGCGGUGAGUGAGCCCGGGCGGCGCUUCGGCCCGGCGCCCAUAUUCCUUCGCCUUGAGUGCCGAAAGCGUGGGCCAGCUCUUCUUUCACUGCGGACGAAGGGAGCUGGUUCCGUGUGACGGAUAAAAGAAAAAAAGCGCUGCUCUGUUGAAGGUCUUCAGUGUGGGGGCGCGAGCCUCUUAUUGUCAUUACAUGCAAUCAGUGCGCCGUCUGCUCUGAGGUCCCCGCCCGGGGUUUUGACUUUGAGUGGCUCUCUCGUUUUUGGGAAGUUUCUUGGUUGCCUGUAUUGCGCGCGCUGUGUUUGCCUUCUUCCAUACGUUGCGCGAUUCGCAAGCCCAAGCCGCCCUUUCCCAUAAGCACUAGACUUGGGGCUUUUUUUUUGACGCCCUGAAAUGGUGCCGAGAUUCCUCCCGGGUCCCGAAGGAGAAGAUGACUAGCGGCGGAGUUUUAUUUUGACACUUUAAUACUUUGUGCCCACAGUAUAGAUACACCCUCAGGCAUUGGCAUACUGAGGGCCAUCCGCUGCCGCUCACUUCGGUCAAGAGAUGUGGGAGAGAGCUGAUCCCCCUUCGUCGAAUUCCGAGGCCUUGUCAAUGACCAACGCAAGUCUGCCACUCGUGUUUGACAUACGCCGUAUGUUGCCGCCAGCUGGUGGCGACCGCGCGCUGCAGACUGCUGCGUCAGCGCUACAAAGGACACUCACAGGAAAAAGCGGCUUUUAUGAGAAGGUUUUACACUUCAGAGACCAGCUUAAACUAAGCACUCCAGUGGCGAAAACGUUAAAACACUUAAUCGGCGACGGCAAGCACCACAAGUAUACCCGCGAGGAGAAACUUGGAAGGAUUAAAAAACUGUUGGAACACGCAGAAAAUGUCGCCACUGACAAAGCAAAAAUGGUACAUGACGGGAUUAAACACGCGGCGACAGCGAUACGAGACGCGGAUGAGCAGAUGCUCGAAUACGCAAAAAGCGUCGCUAGUAGAAUAUGCUUAAUUGAAGUACUAUAGAGAAAAACAUGGAAGAUCCUUCAGAAGAAGACUCUACAGAAGACCCACAAAAGGCAGCAGCAACCUUUUGAAGAUUGAAGAAUAGGCAGGGAAAAACCUCGACAAAUAAAUUUAGAAAGACGUCGCUGCUGUUUGCGGAAGUCAUUCUCAUUUUUUUAUAAUCUUCAAGAGGUCAGGUUGGUAGCUUCCCUCCAGUUUAGACUUUCGGUGAAAUCUGCAGCACGAAUUCGCUUUUAAAAUCUUAAGUAGAAAACAGGUGGGCCCGCAAACUUUCUGCUGAAGCUUUUAAACCUUCAGAAGCUGGCUACGUCUCUGCCUCCUGAAAUUUGGCACAAAGCCCGCGCCCUUUGUUUCCAAAAUGGCAAAAAGCGCAAAAUAAUGGACAGCGCCUCACCCACUCUGGCGGUUUCUGCCCCUCUGGCGGCCGAGUCUGCUGGGAAAUGGCCGAAGAACUCCACAACCACGCCGCAAACGUCUGCAGUGGAACCGUCUGAAGAGUUUGCGAGCUACUGCACGGGGCCAACCUACUCCUGUAGGCGCCUCGAAUAACAUACAGAAUUCUACCAGAAGCCCUACAGUGGCUCUGCGCUGUUUCAAGCUGCCCGCCCUACAUCGGCGCAAUCCAAACUCGGGCGCCUGGCCCGUGCCAAAUAGAAAAUAAAGGGCUGAGCGGUGCGCAGUAUGGCCUUCGACCGUGAAGAGCUCGCGCACGCAGGUUGCCGAAGCAACAGCGCACAGAAGCCAUCGCCGUGCCGCUUCCGAAUAUAUAGCAAAAACAAAAAAGAAGCCCCAGGCGUUUGAAGGUCCCACACGCACGCAGCUGCCUUCUUCUGUGUUGCUAUGCAUCCAUGGGCGCGAUGUCGCCCCGUAUCGUGAGGCCCGCAGAGAAGCGCGCGCAGGUAGCAGCGCAAGAAGGCAAAUGGCUGCCACAUAUUACCGCGCCCGCCCAAGCGAGUGCGCGGGCUUCUCUGGUUGAUAGCCUGGAGGGGGUACACAUCAGUGGGAGCGCGCCUUGCAUGUGGUGAGGCCGCCGCCCGGUUCUACCCGAGGUAGAAACUUUUUUCACAGCCAAGCCGCGAAACGGCCGGCGGCUUAUUUCUGGCGGCCGGGCGCGCUUUUGAAAGCACAAAAAGAGCGGUCGCCCCCCAAUUGGCUCGAGUCAGUUCUAUCGAUUGCCGAUGGACAAAACGACGCAGGGGGGCCGGCAAAAGCGGCCACCCUUCUGCGCCACCCAGCGUGCCGGACCCCGCCAACUUAUUUGGGGCGCCCAGGCCAGAAUAAAACGUCAAUAUAUAAUUUGCCGGCGGUAAAAAACUAGCGGGCCCGCAUGGUAAGGGUUGCAAGCAUUUUUGCCCGCAUUUGAAGGACGCAAAGCCGGCCAACGAAGUCGGGCAUCUGCGCACGCGUGCAGAAAGCCAAGGCGUGCGCUUCUUUCCAAUCUCAAACAAAAAACUCAUACAAGAAGGCGAACGGCUUCGCUUGUCUGUGCCCCGGGCUGCGUGUCAGCGCAGGCGCGAAGGCGCUACGGCUGCCCUCAAAGAUGGCCGGGCCGGCUGGUGACAGUGGCGCCAGGCAGCCAGCCCCUGGUAGGUUCGGGUAGGUUCAGCGUGUGGGGCUUCGUACUAUUUCCAAAGGCUUGCAGGGUAGGUUUCGCGUUGUCGGUUUUCUCGGGUAGAUUGGGCUCCCUGCUUUUCACAUAUUGCCCAGGGCGCCCGGACUCUUUUUUGAUGGAUUGGGGCCGCCUCUAAUGUUUUCCAUUCGUGUUGCGGGCCCGCAGCCGUGGCGCCGCCUGCUUUUGUCUUUCUAUCUCGGUUCGCCCCCCGGCUUGAGAGCGCCCCCGGCCUUCUUUCUUUGCCAGGCAGGCUCUGUGGGCUCUGUGAUCGAUUGCUUUCCAAAAAGCUGGCCGCGUGCGCGCCUUGCGCCGUCUUUGCGUGUUUGCGCCCCCGGGCUUUUGGGCGAACGUCAUGCAGUCGCGCAGGCUUGGGCUUGGCGGCGGCGAGGCCUUUCGUCGGUUUGCGAAAUCGGUGGCGUGUGUGCGGUGGGCCUUUGUCAGUUUUCGGCGCAGUUUUAUCGCGCGGCGACGUUUGUGCGCGUCUUGUGUUUCUCUGUUUUUGGUCGGACCCGCGACAACCACCGUGGUAGCGAUUGCGAUACGAUAAACUCUGCAGCGGGAGCUGUUUAAAGUGCGCACAAAAGAGCAUCGCCAUUGGUUUUUUUGGGUUGCGCGCUACACUUUGGCCUAGUUUUCGCAUUCGGGCAAAUUCAAAGGCCAGCGCGAAACAACUAAGCCGCAAAGCAAUGCGAAACCCAACAGCGCUGGGAGUUUUCAUCUUUAUAGCAUAAACUGGGGGAGAAGUAGCCCAAGAACGAAAGGGGGAAGAGCAAAAGCCGGCGAAGGUUGGGGGUGGGCUGCCCGGCAAAUGCGGGGGGGGGCGGCCGCAGGCCAACAGGCCCCCCCGCCCGGGCGUUUUUUUGGAAAGCAAUGCCGCAAAUUUGCGGGAAUUUUGAAGAUUGUCCGGCGCUUUGGCGGGUCGCUCGCUAAUCUGGGUCGGGUUCUGGGGUUUUGCCAGAUUGAUGCUGGUGGGCGGUCGGGGCUCCGGCGUUUGUUGCCCGAGUUCUUCCAUUCAUUUGGGGCUUUGGUUGGUUGGAUGUUUUCCAUUUGGGGCGUUUCGAAAUUGACGGCAGCCGGGAGGGGCUCUGUCGGUCGGUCCCGGACGAAGGGAGUCGCGGCGCAUCAAAUUGCAGCACUCGCCAAGAAUGACGCAGCUCGAUGGUCAAAGGGGCACGCAACUAGGCCCCAACUGGUGUGAUUUCCCGAAGCCGGGACGCUGCCACUAGGCAUGCAAUCGGGCGCGCAAUUUUCCGCCAGUUCUAAGCACAUUUUUUGCGACAGCAAAGGAGUUGCUUUCGUUUUCGCGCCCCCCCUCGGGUUGGACACGAAUGGGCGAAAAAUAAAAAUUGGGCGCCCAGUUCCAUGCCUAGUUGGAGCAUCCAUUUUAGAAAGCCGCCCCACAGUUGCGCCGCUAAGCGGCGAAAAAUCGGGCACCCAGUUGAAGCAAAGCGGCGCACUUUUUCGAAGCUCUCGGGAAAGCAUGGAAGCAAAGCCGCACCCAUGAUAGAGGGCCUUGGCGGUUUUGCGUCUAUAGUUCCGGGCGUUGGUUUUGCCCCGGGGUGUGUUUUGGUGUGAAUGUGGGUGGGGCGACUUGUUUCUCUGUGUGUUUCAUACGCCGCGCGGGCAUGUCGGGCGCAUGAUUUCGCUGCCGGCCUUCUUCAUCGAUCCACAACACCCCCACCCCGGUGCGGCAUGGUUUUCAAACUUGCAAACUUUUUGGGCGGGGGCUGGCGCUUUUCUUGGCCCGGGCCCGCUCGCCCGGGGGGCCGGGUUUGCCGCUCCUGGGGGCAGUUUUUGUGCCCUGGGUGCUGUGGGCGCAACCCAUGGACGCCUCGCAAGCCCUCGCCCUCAUCCCGGGGAGCGCCUUCAUUCUUUUGAUCGUCGGCCGUGGCCAUUCCGGUGCCGUCCUCUGCGCUGCCUAUGUGCGGCAGGGCCUUUGGGGGCCCGUGUCCUUUCCGGAUCAGUUGCCAUGGCCUGCUUGUGCUUUUCGACCUGGCGCAGAAGGCGGUGGCGCGACAGGCCUGGAGUUGGCGCCGCUGGGUUGCUUUCGCGCGGCCGCGCCCAUUGACUGCGUGCGUUCGCCCCCUCCCUGUUCGGGCCGUGCGCCAUGCUUUUCUUUUUGGCUUUCGCGCCUCUGCCCACUUAAAACCGGGCCGCCCGGGCGGGCGCCGUGUAAUUAAGCCGGGAGGCGCUACCAUGUACAUGACGAAGAGAGCGCAGCAAAGUAGCUGCGGCGCAUUCCAUUCUUUGCAGGGGGCCAAGCUAGCAAAGCGCUGCGCGCGCGGCGGCUGUUGACCUUCCCGCGUCGCGAAAUUUGUUGCAUUGUACGCAAGGUUAGGAAGGAUUUCCCGUCCGCGCUUCCCCUCGGCGUGAACAAACAAAAAAACACGCCCACGCAAGUACAGGACCCGCCUGCGCGUCGUUGGUUUCUCGCAGGUUGGUAGCCGCCUACUGGUUGCGCCCCCCCUUCUCAGGCCGCACAUUUGUGCAGGAAAAUGGCGACCGGCGGGCAUUCUGAUUGAAUGCGAGGGCGCUUGGGCUGCUCGCGCUCCAAGAAAAACCAAAAACCGCGCCCCCGGCCGGGCUCUUUGUUGUCCUCCCUGAAACAAAGAAAGAAGGCCGCAGAAGUAUCGCGACGGACGCACCUGCGUGCGCGCGGACGCUGCGUCCCCUGGGCAAAAGCCGCCCGAGCGGCGCGGCCCCACCUGCCGGGCCCUUUUUGGUUGCGUAGGUAGCGGCGCGCGGCGUUUGGCGCUGCCUCAGCCGCCGGAGCGAGCGAACACCUCCCGCGAGCAGCCCUCUCCCCGACGGCCUCCGCCGGGGGUGGCUCGCUGGUUUUUCAUAUGUUGCGCCUCCAGUCUGAAGGGCCGAGGCGCUGUUUUUCCCAUUGUGCAGCCGUGGGUAUUGGUAAUUCCGGAGGCAACAAAAAAGCGGAUAAAAGAAGCCGCACACGGAUUGUCCAAAGACUUGGAAAAGCUUAAGAAGGCGACUGGAGACACCCUAAAAGGCGCCUACGAAGCCGUCCACGAGUGGGAAAAAAAGCUUGCCUCUGGCUAUCGCCGUGCGGUGCAGUCGAAACUGAGCAAAUAUCUGGGCGUUUUAAAAUCGACAGCAGCGGACAAGGGAGCGCACGUGAUGAGUAAGAUAGUGAAGGUAACUUCGGGCGCCAAGGUGGCGGAGUUCUUCUUCACUCUAUUCAAAAAGGAAGUCAGCAAGCAGCUUAGCCGAGUACUUCCUGACGCCAAAGCAAAACAAGCGCUAUAUGUCCCGAGAUCCAAGAUAGCGAAAGUUUUCAUGUGGUAUGUUUGAAAAGCGAGCGCUCCGGUUCAUCCCGGACACUAGCCAGCUGCUCGAGUUUCGGCGAUUUGAAUUGGCCCACUUGACGCGGUUCUUCGCGCUUGCUUGUAGCAAAGCUGUAGGGGCCUCUCAUCGUUUCACAACAGAACAGAUCUCGGACUCGGGGCGAGUCGAAAACUUCUUCUGGGAGAGCGAGUAGUCGCAAGCCGUGCCAGGCAACUGAGUGGAUGCCCUGAGGUGUGUGACAUUUUCGAAAAGAACGGUAAACGCGACCCCCGUGGCCCAUGUGAAAGAGCGGGCGAGGCCGCCCACGGUGUCGCGCGAAAAGAGGGCUGCGCCGCCGGCUGUCGCUUCAAAAUUCGCGCACGCCGCCUACAGCAAUGCCGUCGCCCGGGGCCUGGCCAAAAUUGACGUCGCCCGCCUUCCGAGCACAAUUUUGCGCCGGGCGGCGUCAAUUUUUCCCGAGCAGGCCCCGGGUAAUUGUUCCACCGCAGAAAGGCCAAAGCGAACCUUUGGUGAACAAAAGCGAAAACUGCCGAAACCCGAAAAGCGUACUCAUUGAAAUCGCAAUGAAAAUCGGCGCGCGGCAAUUUUUUUUUGCCCUUGUUGCGUCAGCUGUUUUUCAGGUUUUCGUGAUUUCGCUAAAGUGGUUUCGAUCUUUUCUCAUUGACAGCUGUCGUGCUUCGGAUUUUCUUUGUUUCAGAUUUUGUUUCGGAUUUUGGUGCGCAUAUUGUUUCAGAUUUUGAUGAGCAAAAUGUUGUUGGAGAGUUUCAUGAAAAUUUCUGUUGCCCGUUUUUCUAUGAUACUAAAUUCUGUGGCACGGCCGCGCUUUCAACUCUUCUACCUAAUACUUUUGCGCCCAAGUCCCGAAAGGUUUUUUCCAGGGCCACAUAUAUACAUCUGGCGCCGCAAAGAUUGUCGCGGCAGCCGCCCUCUGAAACACGGCACGAGAACCACCAACAACACGAGCUCCACCAGACAGUUGCGGCGGGGUGACUGAGGGCUUGGGGAUCAGUUCUGCCAGAGUGUCACAGCUGCGUGCCCGGCGCCGCCGGGCAGCGUUACAGCGUCAGUUCUGCGCAAAGUUACCCCACGCCGCGGCGGCGUGGGAUAACUUUGCGCAGGGUGGGCAGCUGCAAGCAUGUGCCCGGCACAAUCCAGGGAUCUGGAAUCAUGAGCGUCAUUCCAGGACAUCUGCGUGGUUUCUUUUUUCGUUUUCCGGGUUUUGUAUUUUGCCCUCUUGGUUCUCCGGGAUAUUUGAACCGAUAUUGCGCCGCACCUCCAAACAGUUGCGACGACCUUUAUCAAUGACGUCAUUGCGCACCAGCUCUGGAACGGGCUACAUGAAUCCUUCACACACCAUCACGACGCGCAGGUGGCGGAGGGGGACGCCCAUCUUAAUGAUAGCCCAGAUGCAGCUGCAGAAGCAGGCAAGGAAGAAUACAGUGCCGACCCCCAAGACAAACUCCAGGCACAAGCAAUUACCGCCGUUGAAUCCUUAGUCAUACAGAUGCUAAGCGAUAUCCUGCAAGUCGUGUUCCUGGAAACGACCUGGACGGGUAUAUCCAGGAAUGUAAUGACUUUCGUUGAUGAUAUGUGCGUCACGUCGCUGGAGCUGCUGAUUGUCGCGACAAGCAUAGGCGUAUCUAUCCCCUACCCAGUUUUGGAGAAAAUCUGCCACAUCAUAGUGGAAAAACCCUUUGAAACGCACGUCAUGAACGCAGUUCCCAAGUUCCUGAUGGGAACGACGAGCGAAGGGCUGCGAAUGAUUCUCGGAAAGAGCAAUACGGUACACACAGUCGCGACUGCCAUUGCCAACGUCAUCGUGGAUACCGAGAAGGGGCCUCCGGCUGUUACUGGUCAUCUUAUAACGUGGCACCAAUUCCUUCAUACCCUAUGCCGCCAGGAACCAAAUGCAAAAGUAGAACACUGGCAACCCUAUGACUUUCGACGUAGAUGCCCGAAGUCAGUGUUUGCAUCGCGAUUGCCCAAUUGUUUAUUUGUUAUUGCGCAUUAAUCAUUAUGACCGAGAAUGUAGUUUUUCGGUCCAGCGAUAAUUUCUGGUCAUAACGAGCUAGCACAUGUCAAACGAAGUGAUCGCUUCUUUCAAAAGCCGAUCACUUCGCCUCAAAUAGCCGAGCACUUCCACUUGCCUCACUUCGAAAGCGCAUGCCUCUGUAAACCAAAGCUAGCGGCGACUUCUGUAUCUAUUAAGCCACAAACCCGAGCAAUUAGCUUUAGUCUACGGCAGAACCGCUCCUAUCUUCCUAGGAGGUGCGAAGAUAAAGCUGAACAGGGGCAGCGUGGCCCUUGGCUCCUGACUCGCGCCAUUGUGGUACCUAUGCAGCUGCGUGCCCCAUUGCUCGGCAGGCGUCAAAGGCGCGGCGAAAGUGCAGCAGGGCGCGUGGUCUUUGGCAUAGAGGGGGCCGAAGCAGUGCGCGUAGAUUCUAAGUUCUACUUAGACCUGUGAAGCCGAUGAAAAUCGCCAGAAAGUGCAAAAGCCAGACACUGGCCCGGCCCCGAAUCUAGACUUUUGGCUUUCUCUGAGUGAUUUCUUGCCGUUGAACUUGUAGAGCCCGCAUGGGUCUUGUGUCCAUCCCUGGCGCAAAUCAUUGCAGACGCGCUAGCGACUUGCUGAGCAACACGCCGAGAGCCAGACGGCUCGGGGGAGCGCUCUAAAUCGGGGCCCCGCGCCGCAUCGGCCGGCAGCUUCUGGCGGCCUUUCGCGCAGGCGAAGGCCGCAGCGGCGGCGUAUGUGCUGCAUGCUGGUAAAGGAAGCUUUUCAUGCUAGGGGAAUGCGCUGGCUGGUGUCUUAGGUCCGCAGCUUUUUCAUACUAGGGGACGGGAAGUCGGACGACCUCCGGCCACAGACAGAACGCUAGCCACAGCUAAAAAGUUCGGUCGGAUGUGGCUCGUGGUAGAAAAAACAAACACCCCCGACCGCCCCCCCGUCGUGUGCUAGCCUUUGCACAAAAACACAGUCACGCGCGCGCCAUUGAGCAGAUGCGACGCGUCUGCCAAGAAAGACGUCGAACAGCACGCCCCCUGUCGCGUCGCUUCCCCGCCUUUUUUGCUGCGAUGGAUGGCAAAAAUGUGCGCAACACCCCAGGCGGCAGCGCCCCGCCCUACCUGCUUAGCCCAAUACCCGCGAAAGCCUGCGGCGAUUGAUUCAAAGAAAAAAAUCGCGCCGCCAUUGGGCCCGGCCGUCCGCCUUAAGUUCUGCAUAGGCCCGGCGCCGCCACUCGUUCUUGCGCAGCGGUGCGCCCGUGCGUGGUGCUUCCCGUGGAGAUUUUGUUUCGUGUUCCGGGAGUAUGGCCCCGCCAUUGGGGCGCUUCGAAACGAUUCAAAGUCCGAAACCCGGGCCGUUUCCUGGGGAGCAUCGGGGCUUCAUAUUGUGUGGCGUCGGCGGGCCUGUAUGGCCUGGCUCGUCUUUGGUUUGGUCCUUUGUCUGUCGUGAUUUGGCUCGGGGAGCUUGUUUGUCUUGCGAAGAAGCUUGCUGUGAUCGAUCAGCAGGAGGAGGCUGCUAGGAGGCAGCUCCCCGCUCCGCGAUUUUGUUGCGCAGGUUUGGGCACGAUAUUCGUGGAGGGCCCGAAUUUUGUGUCGAUAUUUGGUCGGCUUUGGGUUCCGUGUUUGCAAGAUGCGGAAGGGGAGCAUGAAAAUCCUUCUAAGCAUGGACUUCGUGCUCCCUUUCCGGCUUGUACUUAUCUUCUAAACCCUGAGGCCGAAGUCCAAAAGUGAGGACGUCGCGCCUGAUCUCGCACCCCCGCAAAGUUAGAAGCCCCGCGGGGGAUCUCUGGGUCGUGCGAUAGCCUCCAGACCCGGAUCAGAAUCAGAAGAAAGCUGCAAAAAACUUGCAAAAGGCGGGAAACUAGUAGUGGACAUUUUAGAAGCGCGGUCUUCGGCGGGUAAAUUGAAUCGAGAGGCAUUUUGGAAGAAAAAUCAGGCGGGAAACUAAAAGAGGUCGCCACUCAGAGGACGGAGGUAGGGGUCGCGUGUAGAAGAAUGGCCCAGGGCCAUGCGUGGUAGGAGUUUGGGGACUGGUUCUCCGACCUUGUGGCCCCGAGGGUCGGUGGGGACCGGGCGUGACGAGUUUGCGGCGAUCGGGUGAGCAAAGUGUAUUGGGAGCCGCCUUGCAGGUGCGUGGCACCGCCCGCGGGGAUUAUUGCAAAAUGCUGAAAAGCGGAGGGCCAAACGCCAUCGCCCGGGCCCAGGUGUUUCGCUUUUUUUCCUUCUUUGGGACUGGGCGCGGUGGUAGUUGUGUUUCUCCGGGUUAGGGAACCGGCAGAAGCCAUAUCACCGGGAAAAUUCCACCACGACAUGGGGAACGCCGGGCAGCGUGGGCGCCUCUCGCCUGAAAAACCAAAUAAGCGCAGCGAGACGCUGCGCCCCUUCCUUUAAAAAAAGAACCGAAAUCCCCGCCGGGGCUUCAGAUUUAGCAACAAAGCGCGCCCCCCCUGCCGUAGCGAAUCAAGCCGGUAGCUUUGCUCAUUUUCUGCGAACUUUCCAAAUGUCGCCGCUGCGAUAUAAAAGCCAGGCUGUAUCUGCAAAGCCUCGCGGCGUUUUCUGGGCCAUGGCCGAAGAGCUUCGCUGAGUGAAGGCUUUGCGGCUAGAUUCCAAAAACCUGCGGCGCUUGCGCCUCAGGAUAUUGCCGAGCGAUGGCCGCCCCUUUUGUAAGGAGCGGCGCAGGCUUUUGGCUUUUGGCUGCCUUGGAGCGAGUCACACCAAGAAAAUGACACGCGGCCACUUUUGUAGGGGCAGGCCAGGGCAUCCGCAUCACUUUGGCCUUCCUCUGCGCCGUGGGUGGCCAAAUCAAGGAAACGGCGCGCGGCCUCUUUUGGAGGGAGAAAGUGGCCGGGCGGGCUUCCUCCGGGGGGCCGCCCGUGGUCAAUUCCGACAAAAAGCGCCUUUGUUGGUGAAGACGGAGCGACCAUCUGAGCUUCCCCGCCCGUGGUCUCGUCUAGCUUCGAGAAACAAAGAGCGGCGCCUUUUUGUGCGCCCCCAGCAACUUGCGCAGCUUCCCCCGGGCCGUGAAGUGGCGUAGAGGAACGCCCUGCGCGCCCGCCGCCCCUCUGCUUGAUUGCUGCGCUUGCCUCCUCGCGCUGCUCUUGUUCUGUUGAGCCGCACGACCCAGCCGCGUGCCCAUAUUGAAACCACGCCGCGGCGCCAAAGCCGCGCCGUAUCCCCGGGCCGCGCCGCCACCAGCCCCGCCGCCGCGCGGGCGUUGUGCCCUGCCCCACUCCUAAGCCCCGCCGCCAUUAGCCCCGCCGCUGCGCGAGCGCCGUUCCCUACGCACCCCGCUCCCCAAGCGCGCCGCCAUCACCCGCGCCGCUGUCCUGUGCGAACGCCGUGCCCUGCCCUGCGCCUAAUCCACGGCGCCACCAGCCCGCCCGCCCUCGGCCCCUCCCGCGCGCGUGUUGCGCGCGCGCACUUGAUCGAUGAAGCACUGCACCUCCCGCCAUUGGCGGAAAGCGGUUCGCUGGCCCAAAGAUUUGCUUGCUAUUUAGUAUGAGUUACCAUAUUAGUGGAGCCCGCUAGCAUUCGAAUGCGUGGCGCCGGUUUUUUUCCAGCGGGCCGGCGCUUUCGAGACCGUGGGAUGGAGGGCGGUGGCAACAAAAAACCGGACGAGGCCGCAUACAGCUUCGACCUCGUCCCCCAUGACAAAAAUCGUCGGUCAUGUGAUAACGAUCAAAGAACACCGCACAAGCGAACAAAAACCACCGCCGCCGUGUCCCUGGCGGGCCCGGAGUUGUUAUUAUAUGCAUCAGCUUACGGCAAAAGCGCGGGCCUCGUGUCGUUGGUCGAAAAUGAUUCCAAUUGGUGACAGACCGCCUCACUUCUGGGCGCUUAGUUUCAUGCUUGUCAGCUUUUCUAUUUUUGCACCUUGUUCGUUCAUAUGAUGACUAUGGCAGUCGAGUGCUGGGAGGUGGUGUAAAGAGUGAAUCACAGCGGCACGCUGCGAUUGGCCGGUCUGUUGUGACCGCAAAGGGUCUCGCUUUCGUGUUGUCGAAAGGGAUGCACUCCGCCCGUGUUUGGCGUUGUCUCAGGCAAUGAAAGCGACGCGGCCUGUCUUGUCCGAGGCGACUCCUGUUGUUUGGCUUCCGCCCGGCAUGGGGCACCCAGGGCGGACUGUUCUGCGUUGUGUCUUUGCGCGUUUUUUUGCUAAUCGUGAUGCCAUGAAAUUGCGG